UCCUCUGUUUUUAUGAACAACCCCAACCUCAUGGAUGCCAGAGGAGGAAAUGAUGAGUGAGUCAUCUGAUGAGGAGCUGUCAGAAGAACCACUGCAGGAACAUCAUCCUGACCUCAAUGCUGUUGACAAGUUAAAUGUGUGCCAAAGCCAGCUAAAGUCCUUGUUUAUCAUUUGCCCUGCCUGUCGUGGGGAGACCCAGGGUAACAUGGAGCAUGAGGAGGGAACUUACAUGAAUAUAAUGCAACAUAUGCAUCAACCCUCAUGGAGUUUAAGGAAGGCUACUACAGGUCACCAAAGGCUCUAUGAAAGACCACUAUUGCAGGCCAUGGUCUUGGACCGCCACGCUUACAUGGCUGGCAUUGCCGACACUGGUGCUAGAGUGGAGAGCCCAGUAGCUGUGAAGAAUGGACUGACCCAUGAACUUGAAGCUGAUGUGAUGAUGUCACACAUCACUACUACAGUGGGAGCUAUGGAACUGUAUGCUGUCAGUCCAUCUGUGCCAGUCUCGGCACAGCUGGGUGUCACAUGGGGUUGA